AUGAGUGAGGCUGUCUCGCAUUCGCGUGAGCCCACCACGUAUCUCGACUAUCAAGCUCGCAUCCCACAGCGCCAUGCCUCAAAAUCUGGGCGCAGCAGGCUUGAAGCCUCGACAGACGGUCAACAUUCUUUGAACGAGGUCGACGCACCCGAGCCUGUGCAAAACAGACAGGACGAUUCCGCCUGGCACCGCCAGACCCACCUCGAAGAUGAGUCUCUCGAAUCCGCUCCGACACCUCCGUCGUUCCGCACUCGACCUUCAUCGUCACCGCCGUCUCCGCGGAGGGAUCCUCCAUCUCCAAUCGCGACUCAAUUGUAUAUCGUUUCGCACCUCGUCUUCUUCUCCUUAUGGGGCGCCCUCGCUCGACUGGGUGUGCAAUGGCUUACCUUCUAUCCGGGCGCUCCGCUCGUGACCCCUGUGCUCUGGGCCAACGUUGGCGGCUCAUUCGUCAUGGGCUUCCUAUCAGAAGACAGACGAUUGUUCCGUGAAGAGUGGGGCCUCGACAACAUGGAUGCUCAUACAAGAGAGAAGGCGCUGGAACAGGAACAAUCAGAUNCCUGCUGCUGCCAAAAGGCGCAUGCAAAGACGAAGAAGACGAUACCGUUGUAUAUCGGUCUGGCCACAGGCUUCUGCGGUUCCUUUACUUCUUUCUCGUCCUUCAUGCGUGAUGUCUUCUUGGCCCUGUCGAACAAUCUGCCGACUCCUGUGAACCAUCCUUAUGCGACCGUGCCUUCGUUCACGUCCACGAUACAUCGCAAUGGUGGAUAUUCGUUCAUGGCUCUGCUUGCCAUCAUCAUCUACACUGUCGCGCUUUCUCUGGCCGCUCUCAAUGUCGGCGCACACUUGGCUCUUGCUCUAGAUCGGUUUACGCCUACCUUGCCCUUCAGGUUUACUCGUAAAUUUGUCGACCCGCUCAUUGUUGUGCUCGCCUGGGGCUGUUGGCUCGGUGCCAUAUUCUUGUCCAUCUGGCCGCCGGACAGGCCGUCCGGUCCAUCCAGUCGUGGCAGCUGGACUAAUGAAGUCUGGCGUGGCGAAGUUUUGUUCGCAUUGGUCUUUGCGCCCGUCGGCUGUCUUCUUCGCUACUACGCAUCGCUCAAACUCAACCCUAUAACUGCGUCUUUUCCGCUUGGAACAUUCGCCGUCAAUGUGUUCGGAUGCGCAGUAGAGGCCAUGUGCUACUCCAUUCAGCACGUGCCAAUCACCUCGACUGCUGGUGCGCUGAUCGGUGGAGGUAGGGUCGGCUGCCAGGUUUUGCAAGGCGUCAUGGAUGGCUUCUGCGGCACUACGACCACUGUCAGUACGUGGGUCGCAGAGUUGCAGUCUUUGCGGCGACGACACGCCUAUGUGUAUGGUGCAGCGAGUGUGGUCGCUGGUCUUUGUCUCAUGAUAGUCAUCGUGGGCUCCGUGAGGGNNUGGACUGUAGGAUGGAGCUCGCCGGCAUGUGUGACCAUGCGAACCUCGUUAUGA